AUGGAGAAGCGGGGCCCGGUGCUGCACAUCGUGGUGGUGGGCUUCCACCACAAGAAGGGCUGCCAGGUUGAAUUUUCCUAUCCUCCCCUAAAACCUGGAGAAGGACAUGACAGCCAGAGUUUACCAGAGGAAUGGAAGUACCUGCCAUUUCUUGCCUUACCGGAUGGCGCUCACAACUAUCAAGAAGAUACUGUGUUUUUCCAUCUGCCUCCAAGGUGUGGGGAUCAAACCACGGUGUAUGGUGUCUCUUGCUAUCGGCAGAUUGAAGCGAAGGCCUUAAAAGUACGGCAAGCAGACAUCACCCGAGAAACUGUACAGAAAAGUGUCUGUGUUCUCAGCCAGCUGCCUUUAUAUGGGUUACUUCAGGCAAAGCUGCAACUCAUCACACAUGCAUAUUUUGAAGAAAAAGACUUCUCACAAAUUUCAAUUCUAAAGGAACUUUAUGAUCAUAUGAAUAGUUCCUUGGGCAAUACUUCAUUAGAAGGGUCACAAGUUUACCUUGGUCUGUCUCCUCGGGAUCUUGUUCUCCAUUUUAGACACAAGGUCUUGAUCCUUUUUAAAUUGAUUCUUCUAGAGAAAAAGGUGCUGUUUUAUAUUUCUCCUGUAAAUAGAUUGGUGGGAGCUCUGAUGGCUGUCUUGUCACUCUUUCCUGGUAUGAUUGAACAUGGUCUUAGUGACUGCUCACAGUACAGACCAAGAAAGAGCACAUCAGAGGAUGCUGGCUUGCAGGAAAAUACACCACGGUUGGAUGACUAUGUUUCUGUGUCUGCUGCUGAUGUGUCAAAUGCAAACCUAGGAAUGGGAAAGGGAGACAGGAAGAUGGCAGAAAAUAAUUCACUGGAAGGUCAAAAAGCAAAUGUGCCUUUCUCCCAGCCCGAGAAGACUUGCCAUAGAGCUCAGCCCUCCAACAGUACUGUGCAGCGCUUGGAAGUCCCUUCCCAUGCUUCUCUAGUGUACUCAGAAAGUGACUGGGAGACCCUAGAUCCCAGCAUUUUGGAGGAGUCUAAUUUGAAAGAAGGACAACAUGAGAAUCCAGCAUCAGAUCAGGCGGAAAAUCUUCGGAGCAACGGUGUGAGUUCUGAAGGCCUCCCCAUAACUGUGCAGCCCCAGGCAAACACUGGGCACAUGGUGCUUGUUCAAGGACUGGUGUCUGGGUUGGAGGAGGACCAGUAUGGGAUGCCACUGGCUAUUUUUACAAAGGGGUACCUUUGUUUGCCAUACAUGGCGCUGCAGCAGCAUCAUCUCUUGUCGGAUGUGACAGUCCGUGGCUUUGUUGCGGGAGCUACCAAUAUCCUGUUCCGACAGCAGAAACACCUGAGUGAUGCAAUUGUGGAAAUAGAAGAUGCUCAUGUACAAAUCCACGACCCAGAACUCCGUAAGAUCCUGAACCCAACAACUGCUGACCUAAGAUUUUCAGAUUAUUUGGUGAAGCAUGUAACUGAGAACAGAGAUGAUGUGUUCCUUGAUGGCACUGGAUGGGAAGGAGGAGAUGAGUGGAUCAGGGCUCAGUUCAGUGCUUACCUUCAUGCACUGCUUGCUGCUGUGCUGCAACCAGACAAUGAAAAGAUUUUGUCAGACUUCGGAACAGCAUUUGUAACAGCCUGGAAAAAUACUCACAACUACAGAGUAUGGAAUAGCAACAAGCAUCCAGCUCUUGCAGAGGUAAAUUCUAGCCAUCCAUUCCAGGGACAGUACUCUGUAUCAGAUGUUAAGUUAAGGUUGUCACACUCAGUGCAAAACAGUGAACGUGGAAAGAAGAUUGGAAAUGUGAUGGUUUCUACCAGCCGGAAUGUGGUACAAACUGGAAAAGCUGUAGGUCACUCUGUUGGAGGAGCCUUCACAAGUGCAAAAUCAGCAAUGUCAUCAUGGUUUUCGACUUUCACACACUCAACCCAAAGCCUUGGGGACUAA